AUGUCCAGGUCCGACGAAGGCGCCCGUCACGCAAAUAGAAUUAACACUUCCACUUUCUACCAACUACACGUGCUCGUCCUUCGCAUUCUCGUGCGCCGCGACCCAGGGCCCCACGCCAAGCCUCUCUCAGUUUCACGCACCGGAACCGCUGAACCGGGGCUACUCCUGCCAGACUCCACGCUUCUUGAGGCUCACGCUAAGCCUUCUCUCAGCUUCUGCACUAGGUCUCGUGACAUUAAUUACUCCUGCCAGACUCCACGCCUGCCCCGUCGCACUGUCCGGCUAGUCCUCACACUCACAGCAUAUCGGCGUGGGGGUCGUACUUGGCGGUCCUCACGUCCAGAACCAACUUCAACUUACUCACCAGCCGGCUGCCCGUCCUUCGCUGACACUUCGUUCCGCGCAGGUGCUCCGUAUAUCCUGCGACGCGUGCGAGAUACGUGUCCGGCGCUAGACCGUCAAUCGAUCACGUACGAACGGAAGCCUACCGACGAGAAGCUGAGCUGUUACCCCUACGUCGUGACGUCCACUCCAUUCUUUCCUGAAGCAACAAUCGGUGGCACGUCGUCUUGCGCUGUAGUGAACACUCGAAUAAGAGUGCUGGCGAUCGUUGCGACGUCUAUCACCACGAAGAUUGACAAAGUUUCGUGCCCGGGCUAA